GUCACACUCACACAGUUUCUUUUUCUUACUUCUCUUUAAUAUUGAUUUUGUUUCUGUGGUAACUUUAAAAAGAAAAAGAAAAGGGAAGGAAGAGAGCAAAAAAGGGGAGGAAAAAAGAAAAAAUAGUAGUGCUUCAAAGCGGUAGUGUUUAGUAGAAGGUAGUUGAUUUUGCAGACAAGAGAAGUUACUCUCCUCUCACCUCCCUUCCAUCCAUCCAUCACCAUCUCCAACCCUAAAAAGAAGUAUUAAACAAUUUCUCCAUCACCCGAAAAUUUGCUGCAGAAAAGAAAAAAUUUUUGGAAAAAAGGGGUAAAGGAGGUUCUUUACUCUUUUUCUUGUUUUGCUUUUAUCUUACAGCUUGAGAAAAAACUUGGAACAAGUUUUGAAGAAGGAAAAAGAAAUUAGAUGGGGUGGUCUGAAUUCUUACCAAACGACAACGCCAAUGGAGACUAGCAGAAGAAAAGAAAAAAUUGAGACCCACAUUGUUGAUUUUGGUUCCCAAUGGGGAAAGGAGAGGACGAUGAGGGUUUGCCGGUGGAUGAAGCUCAAGGAAUUGAGCAAAAUGUAGGACGUAGUAAUGGGACAAGAGUUUGUAGCAGGUUAAGGAGGUGUGUGAGUUUUAGAUGUGUGUUUGCUUUGCUGUUGGGAGUUGCGGUUUUCGUCAGUGUUCUCUUUUGGUUGCCGUUUUUUCACUACAGAGAUCAGAAGGAUCUGGAUCUAGAUUCUGAAUUUGGAGGUCAUGCUGUUGUAGCAAGCUUCAUGGUUGACAAACCUGCUUCUUAUUUGGAAGAUUACAUCCCUCAACUUCAAGAUGAUAUUUUUGGGGAAAUAAGCUUUCCUACCACUAAAGUGGAAGUGUUAAAGUUAGAAUCUUCUGAUGGGUCAAAUACAACGAAAGUGAUCUUUGCUGUUGAUUCCGACUCAACGAGUCAAAGUUUAAUCAAGAGUUCCUUUGUGUCUCUUUUGAUACAUCAAUCUCCUUUUCGAUUGACUGCAUCCUUGUUUGGGGAUCCAUAUUCUUUUGAGGUGCUAAAAUUUUUAGGAGGGAUCAUUGUUAGUCCUCAACAGAGUGCAUUCCUCAUGCAAAAGGUGCAAAUCAUGUUCAAUUUUACAUUGAACUUCUCUAUUGAACAACUUCAGAGUAAUUUCGAUGAACUGAGGAGGCAGCUGGUAUCAGGAUUGCAUCUUGCUUCAUAUGAGAAUUUGUAUGUAAGUUUGGGUAAUUCAAAAGGAUCAACUGUGGCUCCCCCAACCAUUGUCCAGUGCAAAGUUCUUCUGGCAUUUGGAAUUAAUCCCUCAAUGUCACGAAUCAAGCAAUUGACUCAAAGAAUCACUGGUUCUCAUGCAGAAAAUCUUGGCCUGAAUAACACUGUGUUUGGAAAGGUGAAACAAGUUCGUCUUUCAUCCUCAUUGCCUCAUUCUCCCGGUGGCACGGGUUCACCUUCUCCAGCCCCUUUACCUCAAUCUCACCACCAUCAUCACCAUCACCAUCACCACCGACAUCAUCAACCUGAUAUCAGUCAUUCUCCUGCCCUGUCACCUGCACCACAAAGUGCUAAAAGUGGAGGAGCUUUGGCUGGUAAAGGUUCACCUCUCUCUGCACCAAUGUCUGCCCCUAAUCCUGCUCAACAUAAGGCAAGGCCUCCUGGUUGCCAUCUUGGUUAUAAACAUAUGUACCCAAGAAAUUGGAACCGACACGCUCCCAUUUCACCACCAAUUUUGGCACCACUUUCUUCUUCCUCACCAAAGCAGUCAAUAUAUCCUCCCCGGACUACUGUGCCUCAAGUUCCAGCAUCAAGCCCUAUUCCACAUGUUGUAUUUGCUCAUGUUAGACCUCCAUCAGAGAAUCGGUUUAAUGCUGAGCCUCCUGACUUAACAAAUUCAAUCGCGCCUUCGCCAUCCUCAUCUUCCGCUACCAUCAUGUUCUGCAAUUUGUGGGCUCUCCCCAUGUUUCUACUUCUCAUGUUGCAUGUGUAAAGAGCAAUUGAGAUGUUAUUACGAACCAAACUAAAUUCCUCCAAUGCUGGAAGUUUUGCAACACAGCUGCUGUACUGUACUCCUUGAACUCAGAAGCUUGUAGACGCAACACGAUUCAGAAGCUGGUGGUGAGAGCAAUACCCAAAAAAUGGGCGUGCCUCAAAACCCAAGUGGACAUAUGUUUGUUUCUGUGCAAUGUAAAUAGUUGAAUCUAAAGUUGAGCAGUAGGAUGCAUUUUCAGGUCAAAGUCACAGGGGUGACAGGCUCAUGAGAAUGUGCAUCAACGCUGUCUCGUGUAUUAUUAUUGUUAUUGUUAUUAUUAUUAUUAUUAUUAGUAUAUUAUUAUUAUCUCCCUACAUAAAUUGUACUAAAUGCAGUAUCCACAAGUGUAUAACAAUGCCUUUUUGCUCCUCAUAACUCUUCCAAAAUCAAUGGGCUACCAGACCCACACCCCAACCACCCCCCCUCGGUUUUUUUUUAUAUUUUUUUUAAAGGAUUUGCCUAUUAUAUUUGUACCUUUGAAAGUGAUCUUUGAUGCCUUUGACAUUGUAUGGCAGAGGGGAUCACGUUGGUAGUGCAAAUUUUCGGAAGAAGAGUAGCAAAAUAUAGCACGAG